UGCAACCUUGGCUUAUUGGGAUGAUGCUCUAACCAACUGAGCUACCCAGCCAGGUUAUGGAGACUUACGUUAAAGGAGACCUCACAGUCAUUUUUAUUGAGAUUCAUGAUCUUCCUUAAGAAAAUAUUGACAACUGGAGAGACAUAGAUCUGCAGGUAUCAGAUACUCUAUGUGUGCUCAUGAAUGGAAGUUGUUUUUUUAUGAUAGCAUUUAAACCUUUUACAUGUCUUCAUUCUGGUAUAGUUGCUUCAUUAACUCUUCUGAGAUUACUAAGGCUAGUUUUGGUGCUUUCUCUGAUGAAUGCCUUCUUGUUUUUCAUAUUAAUAUUGUUAAAUAAAUAAAUUUCAGUACCCAUUAAGUCAGGCAUUAUGUUAGGUGCUUUAUCUUGUGAGAGAGUAUUUCAUUUUACAGAGGAGAAAACUGAGGCUCAGAAAGGUCAAGUCACUUGUCCAAGGUCAUAGAGCUAAUGAAUGGUGGAGCCAGAAUGUGAACCCAAGUUUCUGUUAUUUAGCGGUGUCUUUAUUUCUACAUGAAAGUCAUGAGCUGUUGCUUCUCCUUGUGAAUACAGUUGUAAAGGACUUGCAGAGCACUAACCUGGUGGAAGUAUGUAUGGCACUUACUAUUGUCAGCCAGAUUUUCCCUCAAGAAAUGAUUCCAGCUGUUCUUCCAUUAAUAGAAGAUAAACUUCAACAUUCUAAGGAGAUUAUACGAAGAAAAGCUGUUCUGGCAUUAUACAAAUUCCAUCUCAUUGCUCCUAAUCAAGUACAGCAUAUCCAUGUUAAGUUUCGGAAAGCACUUUGUGACAGAGAUGUUGGGGUCAUGGCUGCUUCCUUGCACAUAUACCAUAGGAUGAUUAAGGAGAAUUCAUCUGGAUAUAAAGACUUGACGGGGAGUUUUGUAACAAUUUUGAAGCAAGUAGUUGGAGGAAAGCUCCCAGUAGAUUUCAAUUACCACAGCGUUCCAGCACCAUGGUUACAAAUUCAGCUCUUGAGAAUACUAGGACUGCUAGGAAAAGAUGAUCAAAGGACAAGUGAAUUAAUGUAUGAUGUUCUUGAUGAAUCCUUACGAAGAGCUGAGUUAAAUCACAAUGUCACAUAUGCUAUUCUGUUUGAAUGUGUGCAUACAGUUUAUUCUAUUUAUCCCAAAUCUGAAUUACUUGAGAAGGCUGCCAAGUGCAUUGGAAAAUUUGUCCUGUCACCUAAAAUAAAUCUCAAGUAUUUAGGACUGAAGGCCCUUACCUAUGUUAUCCAACAGGAUCCUACUCUGGCUCUUCAACACCAGAUGACAAUAAUCGAAUGCCUAGACCAUCCUGAUCCCAUUAUUAAAAGAGAGACUCUGGAACUUCUUUACAGAAUUACUAAUGCACAGAAUAUAACAGUGAUUGUCCAGAAAAUGCUUGAAUAUUUACAUCAGAGCAAAGAAGAAUAUAUUAUCAUCAAUUUGGUUGGGAAAAUAGCUGAACUAGCUGAGAAAUAUGCUCCUGAUAAUGCGUGGUUUAUUCAGACAAUGAAUGCUGUGUUUUCAGUGGGUGGAGAUGUAAUGCAUCCUGAUAUUCCCAAUAACUUCCUGAGACUGCUGGCGGAAGGUUUUGAUGAUGAAACAGAAGAUCAACAAUUAAGACUUUAUGCAGUUCAGUCUUACCUCACUUUAUUAGAUGUGGAAAAUGUGUUCUAUCCACAGAGAUUUCUUCAAGUUAUGAGUUGGGUAUUAGGGGAGUAUUCCUACCUCUCAGAUAAGGACACACCAGAGAAAGUUAUAAGCAAGCUCUACAAGUUACUUAUGAAUGACUCCGUUUCUUCAGAAACAAAAGCCUGGUUAAUUGCUGCCGUGACCAAGUUGACACCCCAAGCACCCUCUUCUAACAUUGUUGAGAGAUUGAUCCAGGAAUUUACCAUAUCUUUGGAUACACGUCUGAGACAGCAUGCAUUUGAAUUAAAGCAUUUGCAGGAGAAUGUGGAACUUAUGAAGAGCUUGCUUCCAGUUAAUAAGAGUUGUGAAGACAUGGUGGUAGAUGCUUCCUUAUCUUUUCUGGAUGGUUUUGUGGCUGAAGAACUCAGUCAGGGGGCAGCACCUUACAAACCUCACCACCAACGGCAGGAGGAAAAGCUUUCUCAGGAAAAAGUUCUCAAUUUUGAACCAUAUGGACUCUCCUUUUCUUCAUCUGGCUUUACUGGACGACAGUCUCCUGCUGGCAUUUCUCUGGGUUCAGAUAUAUCUGGAAACAGUGCAGAGACUGGGCUGAAAGAGACAAGUAGCUUGAAGCUGGAAGGCAUUAAGAAAUUGUGGGGGAAAGAGGGCUAUCUUCCCAAGAAGGAAAGCAAAACUGGAGAUGAAACUGAAGCUCCGCCUGUCCCACAAGAGAGUAUAAUAAUGGAGAAUGUAGAUCAAACUAUAACAAAAAAGGAUCCAUCUCAAGUCCUUACCCAGUCUAAAGAGGAGAAAGAAAAGCAGCUGCUGGCAUCAUCAUUAUUUGUUGGGCUAGGAUCAGAAAGUACAGUCAAUUUGCUAGGAAAAGCAGAUACCUUCUCUCACAAGUUCAGAAGGAAAUCAAAAGUCAAGGAAACCAAAAGUGGAGAAACAACCAGUGCUCGUAACAUGGCCUGUUCUCCCUUUAGUUCUUCAUCAGAUGUGACUUUCGAAGAAGAUAAUUACUUGGGUAAUUUGCGGGAUAGAGGAGACAAAGAAUUAAAGAAAUUGACUCUCAGUUCAGAACUUUUAGAUUCUGAGUCACUCACAGAACUGCGCUUGGCUGGGAAACUCUCAAAUUGCAGGCGGCCUGCACCUGCUUUGUUUGCUGAUAACAACACGGAAGGUUUUCAUUCUCCUCAACCCGCCGCAGCCUCGGCAGCCAGCGAAGUCUCCUUAGCUGCUGCCUUGUUGGAAGAAACUACUGAGCACAUGUGUUCGGAUCUUACGGAGCUCUGCAGUAAUGAAACUAUGUCAGUGUCUUCUUACAAAAUUUGGAAAGAUGAUUGUUUAUUGUUGGUGUGGUUGGUUUCUGAUAAGAGUGGUUCGGAACUGAAAAGUGUUAACUUAGAAAUUGCUCCUGCAGAAAAUUUUAAGAUCACUGAGCUACCUGGAUGCUGCUUGCCUGUAAUAGAAGCAGAGAACACCACACACUUUCAAUAUAGUGUGCAGAUGGAAAAACCUUUUACAGAAGGGAAUCUUUCUGGCUUUAUAAAUUAUCAAAUGAUGGAUGCUCAUGAUGUUCAGCUCGAAUUUUCAGUAAACUUAUCACUGUUGGAUUUCAUUAGACCAUUAGAAAUCUCAACUGAAGACUUUGGCAAACUCUGGUUAUCCUUUGGAAAUGACGUGAAGCAAAAUGUAAAAUUGUCAGAAUCUCAUGCCACUCUGCCCUCCGCCCUGAAGACACUGCAACAGCAGCUGAGACUUCAUGUUGUUGACAUUAUAGGCAGUGAAGGGCUGUUGGCCUGUCAGCUGCUCCCCUCCAUCCCCUGUUUGCUGCAUUACCGAGUUCAUGGUGACGUAUUAGCCCUAUGGUUCAGAUCUUCCUGCUCUACUCUUCCUGACUAUUUACUGUAUCAGUGUCAAAAGGUGAUGGAGGGAUCCUAGCAGAAACUCUUAUAUAUUACUCCAUCAAAAUAAAUGGUUUACAUAGAUAAACUUAUUUACCAAAGUAAAAAGAACUCAUGGUACUUCUAAUGAAAAUGGGGAUAAUUGUAAGUUGUGGUUUUGUGUGUUUCCUUUAUGAUUCCUGAUCAAGAAAGAUCCCCAAGAAACUGUACCCCUAACCUUUUACUCAGGAUUGUACAGUAUGUUUGGGUCCCAAAGAGUGACCUAAGCUAAUGUUAUAAACUGCUAAUGAUUUAUAUAUCACUUAGUGUAGAGGGACUGAAAAUAUUUAUUUUGUUAUAAAUAAUUUUAUAGCAAAUUUACUCUAGUGCUAGCUGAUUUGUAGUAAAGCCAAAUCUGAGUUCUCUGCAUUAAUGGAGGGAAGACAUGGAAUUGAUAACCCCAAAUCUAAUUCAUAUUUGGCUUUGGAAUGCAGCGUGUACAUUUUGGUAAACAUAAUUACUUUCAAUUAUGUUUUGCUUAGAUCAAUGUUGAACUAAGUUGGAACAGCCCACACUUAAUUCAGGAGAUCUAUGAGCAUGCUGGGUAUUGGAGAAUCCAAUCUGUGAUAAGUUAUAGAUAACUUGUUAUACAUAAUUGCAGAUAAUUUGAUUAUAAAAUUUAUCUGUUUUCCACUUGCAUUUAUUUUUAUUGAAUCACUAUUCUUAUGUUAAAAACUCAGAGCCAUUUAUAAAAUAUUAUCUUAUAGAAACAAAACCCACAAGAGCACACAGUACUAAAGCAAACAUAUAAGAGGACUUUUUAGUUUUGGCAGAUAUCUCAGUUGUCACUUUGGUUCUUUUAGCAAGUUAAAAUUUGUGAUUAGACUCUGAAUGGUAAAACCAUUUUUCUGGCCUUUAAGCCCACUAAGUACUCAGUGGAUACAACUGAAACAGUGACUGAAUAUAAGGUUCUUCAGUAAAAUACAUCAUUUUCAUGUUAUGGUUGCGCCUUUGUGGCGUCUGUCAGAACUAGUAGCAGUCUAAUAUGAAUGAUGGUACAGAAUCUUGAGAUUGUACAUUAAUGUUAAAAACUGAAAUUAUAUUUUAUAAAACCUUAUGGUGCUGUGGAGAUAUUUAUUAUUUCACUUUUUCUGACACUUCACCAUGGAGACUAUUCAGGUAAUAUAGCUUUAAGUUACUGAAGUUAAUACUCUGGUUAAUUGGUACUGUUUAUCACCAGGUGGAGUUCUGGUUUUAGGUUAUCUCAUUAAUCAUAGCUGAUCUGAAAGAGGCUGAGGGGAUUCCCCAGAGCUGAUAGAUUUCAUUAGUUAUUUGUGUCUAGUGUAUUCCUUCCUAAAAACAAAACAGUAUUUUUUAAAAUUAAUUUUUAAGUUAUUCAUUUAAAAAAUGUAAUACCUUGUUACUUUCAUGCUUUUAAAAACACAGCAAAAUCUUGCUAUAAGAGCAGUGAAAAGUGACUGGAAUUUCCUGCGUAGGUUUCUCUUUUUAAAUAGAAGGUGAGAUUCAUCCUCAAGCUCCCAGCAGUGUCAUGGUGAAUCUGGGGAGAAUAAGGGAAGACAGCAAAGUCUUAAGAGCAGGUAGGAGAAGAAAGAUCAAGGUCCCAUCAGAAUAGACCCUGGGGGUACAGGCAGGUCAGGCUCAGGGAAAGUGGGCCUGAGUAAGGGCCCUUCUGACAAACUGCAGGUGGAAGCUGAGCAGUUACCAAGUGCUUACGUGCCAAGCAUGCCAACCACAGCAGAUGUUCUGAAGAGGAGCAUUAUUUUAAAUAAUAUUCUGUCAUCUACCAAAACAGUUGUGGUAAAAAUGCAGUAUUUUUUUCCCCCCCUAUAUUUCAUGUCAAUAAUAUUUUAAAAAUAGUGAGCUAUUUGUCUUAAUUUUUAUGGAUAAUUGUGAUCUUUGUCUCAUGGUUGUGAGCCACUGAAGUGCACUGAACCUAUUCACAUGUCUUUAAUGUGUUGUGCUGUGUUAAAAUUUUAGGAGGGAAAAUGCAAGGAAAUAACAACUUAAGCAUUAAUUACCUUAUUUUGGAGUUGAAUUCUGUUAUUUGAAAUAAUUCAGUGAAACAUGAAAUAAAUACAAAGUGAUCUAUACUGUU